GCCGCCUCGCCAGCGACGCCAGGAAAGCUGGUAAGAAGCUUUUGCUCUCUCCGCGCGCCGUUUUCCGAGCAGGAGCAAGCAGCAUCCGCGAGCUCCAGCAAGAGGAGGAGAAGCCUUUCCCGCCGGCGGCGGAGUUCGCGCCGUGUGAGGGCCCGCGGUCUACCGUGGUAUUGCUUGGCGCCUGUGGGGAGGGAGCUGCUGACUCCUCCCUCCUUCCCUCCCUCCCGGUUCUCGUGCCGCCGCUGCUCUCCAACCCCCCCCCCCCCAGUUGUGCGGUCUGCUGGCGUGCUGGGUCGGUCGGUAGCAAUGGAAAACCCAGCAGUUUCUUUUUCCUCGCCCGCAUUGACGAGCGAGCGCCUUUCCUGCCGGAAAAGCCCCGGAAUAGGGAAGUAAUAGGGGACUGAAGAUGGCUCCUUAAUAGCAGAGCCAAUGGCUACAGAAGAAAAGGCCUGCUGCCUAGGUCCCACCAAAUGUAGAUCCUUACAAUCAGAAACUGUAACAUGCACUCUCCACUGGAUGUCGUGAGGCAGACAGCAGCAGGAUGGAAUUGAAUGGAGAAAGCAUGCUGACUAACAAGCCAGAAUUUGUAACUUCAAAAUCGUGAUUUGUGUAGCCUGCACUGGGAGUUUGAGCUGCAGAAUCUUUCCAAGGGGCUCCAGAAGUGUUUAAACAGCCAUGGCACUCUUCACUCCAUGGAAAUUGUCCUCUCAAAAACUUGGCUUCUUUCUGGUGACUUUUGGCUUUAUUUGGGGAAUGAUGCUCCUGCAUUUUACUAUUCAACAGAAGACUCAGCAUGAAAGCAGUUCAGUGCUUCGUGAACAAAUACUGGAUCUCAGUAAAAGAUACAUAAAAGCAUUAGCAGAAGAAAAUAGAAAUAUAGUGGAUGGACCUUAUGUUGGGACAAUGACUGCAUAUGAUUUGAAGAAAACUCUUGCGGUCUUACUGGAUAAUAUAUUGCAGCGUAUUGGGAAGCUUGAGUCUAAGGUUGAGAACCUUGUAAUCAAUGGCACAGGUGCAAAUUCUACAAACAGUACCACCACUGCAAUUCCUAGUUUGGGGACAGCUGAAAAGCUGAAUGUUGCAGAUCUCAUUAAUGGAGCCCAGGAACAGUGUGAAUUGCCUCCUAUGGAUGGUUUUCCUCACUGUGAGGGCAAAAUAAAAUGGAUGAAAGAUAUGUGGAGAUCUGAUCCUUGUUAUGCAAGUUACGGUGUUGAUGGGUCCACAUGCUCAUUCUUUAUUUACCUCAGUGAGGUUGAAAAUUGGUGUCCUCGUUUACCCUGGAGAGGAAAAAAUCCCAAUGAAGAAAUGGAUCAGAAGACAACGUUGAAGGCUGAAAUUAGAACCAAUUUUGAUUUGCUGUAUAAAAUGAUGUCAAGACACGAAGAAUUCCGGUGGAUGGUGCUGCGAAUAAAAAGGAUGGCUGACACUUGGAUAGAAGCAAUAAAAUCACUUGCUGAAAAGCAAAACUUGGAAAAGAGAAAACGAAAAAAAGUCCUUGUUCAUCUGGGACUCCUCACAAAAGAAUCUGGAUUCAAGAUUGCAGAAAAUGCCUUCAGUGGUGGCCCACUUGGGGAACUAGUCCAGUGGAGUGAUUUAAUUACAUCUCUCUAUUUACUGGGCCAUGACAUAAGGAUUUCGGCUUCUCUGGCAGAACUCAAGGAGAUUAUGAAGAAGGUAGUUGGUAACAGAUCUGGGUGUCCUACACAGGGGGAUAAAGUGGUGGAGCUUAUUUAUAUCGACAUUGUGGGACUCACUCAGUUUAAGAAAACUCUUGGGCCAUCCUGGGUUCAUUAUCAGUGUAUGUUACGGGUGCUAGAUUCCUUUGGCACCGAACCAGAGUUUAAUCAUGCUCACUACGCCCAGUCUAAAGGCCACAAAACACCAUGGGGGAAGUGGAACCUUAAUCCACAGCAGUUUUAUACAAUGUUUCCUCACACUCCAGAUAACAGUUUUCUUGGAUUUGUUGUGGAACAGUAUCUGAAUUCCAGCGAUAUCAAACACUUCAAUGUCAUUAAAAGGCAGGAUCAAUCACUUGUUUAUGGGAAAGUUGAUAACUUCUGGAAGGAUAAAAAGUCUUAUUUGGAUGUCAUUCAUACCUAUACAGAAGUUCAUGGGACUGUCCAUGGCACAAGUGCUGUCCAUAUGCCCAGCUAUGUUAAAAACCAUGGGAUUCUCAGUGGCCGAGAUUUACAAUUCUUGCUGAGACGAACAAAACUGUUUGUAGGCCUUGGCUUCCCAUAUGAGGGUCCCGCACCUUUGGAGGCUAUUGCAAAUGGAUGUGCAUUUUUGAAUCCAAAGUUCAAUCCACCCAAAAGCAGCAAAAACACAGACUUCUUCAAAGGCAAGCCAACUCUUAGAGAGUUGACAUCUCAACAUCCCUAUGCUGAAGUCUACAUUGGGAAACCUCAUGUUUGGACAGUAAAUAUCAAUGAUCUUUCUGAAGUGGAACAGGCCGUGAAAGCAAUUUUGAGCCAAAAGAUUGAACCUUACUUGCCUUUUGAAUUCACGUGUGAGGGAAUGCUUCAGAGAAUGAAUGUGUUCAUUGAGAAACAGGAUUUUUGUCAUGGUCAAGUGAUGUGGCCUCCGUUAAGUGCUCUUCAAGUCAAAAUUGCUGAAACUGGAAAAUCGUGUAAACAGGUUUGUCAAGAAAACCAGCUCAUAUGUGAACCAUCUUUUUUCCAGCACUUGAAUAAGGACAAAGACGUCUUGAAAUACAACAUUCAGUGUCAUACCGCUGAGUCUGCAAAUGAUAUUCUGGUUCCAUCUUUUGAUGAAAAGAGAAAGCACUGUGUUUUCCAGGGCGAUCUUUUAUUGUUCAGCUGUGCAGGAUCUCAUCUAAACCAUAAAAGGAUUUGCCCUUGUAGAGACUAUCUUAAAGGACAAGUUGCACUAUGUAAAGACUGCCUAUAGCAGGAAGUUAAUGUGACUUUUCAAAGUGGCUUGGAAAGAGCCACACUGUGCACUUUGCUACUGCAAACAAAAUAGUCAUCGAAGAGCAGAAAUCUGUCCUGAGAAACGGCAGAUAAGCGAUUUAAAUGUUUAGGAAAAUAAACCUCAACUUUUUUUGUUUUUGUUUUCUGAAGUGAGCUACUUCCAGCCACAGAAAUCUCUUUAUUCAAAAACCAGACAAAUCAAGUCCCAACAAGAGCUUGAGAAUAACAUUGGGGGUUCUUCCCCAGUGACUCCUCAUGAUGGGCAGUUUGUCAGAUAUCACUGAACAAAAGAUCAACCUGAAAGGAUAGGAUGGUGCAGAAACGACUUAAGACUUGCUGUAGGAAGGCAAAAUGGUGGUGCUGUUCCCGUCGACAAGGCCAGGCAGCUGCUGAAUAACAACUCCACACUCUUGGUCAUUUUCCGGCCUAUCCCAGCCUAAUUCAAUGGACUUUCUCCAGCAAGGGAGAAGGGAACCCUCCAAAAUAGACAGUCUGUAGCUGACAGACUGACGGAUCCUUUAGGCUUGAUGAUGGGUUAUGGUCGUGGCAUUAAUCAGAGUUCAAAUAGCCACAUAAACACUCAAUUUGUUUUUUGGUUUUUGUUUUUUUUAAACCAAUCCUUUUCAACUCUGUAUUCCCUUUCCGACUUGUCCAAAGGUUUUGCUUAGGGUGUUAGGAAUACUAUGUAAUCAUUGGAGAUAAAAUAGUUUCACAGGAGCAAUAUUUUAUUUCUUGAAUUUGCUUUAAUAUAGCAAAACAGUGUCUAAAAUAAUGAAAAUAGAUACAUGGUGGAAGAGUGGUCUGCCUCCCCGGUAUCUUGUAACGAUUUAAAGAGCAAUUAUGGUCUGCAAAUAAUGGUUUAUUUUCUGCAGCCCUUGUUAAAAAGUGGAUGUGUAGAAAUAGGCCAUUUAUUUUUUAAAUUGCAAUUAAUGCAGAAUAUUGAACUUAAACAUUGUUCGUAGACAGGAUAUAAGCUGUUUCUUUUUUUUAAAAAUGCACAGUACCUUUUUUAAUGUAUUUUUUUUAGCACAACUGACACAUCUUUAAAUGCACUGUUAGUGGGUAGGAAAAUAGCAUUGAAUUGAAAAUGAAUGUGUUAUCCAUUUUUUUCAGCUAGAUUUGGAUGCGGGGGGAGGGAGGAGACUCUUGGACCAUAUGCAAAAUCAAAACUAUUAUUUCCCUCCUUUGUAAACAUUGUUAUUUCUACUGAUAGAACAAUAUGCCUGCUUUUAAUCUUUUGUAAUCUAUCAACUCAUUACUUGAUGCAUUAUUUCAUAUCUGAAGGUCAUUGCAUAUCUCUUCACUUGCAGAAGACCACAAAAGAAACAUUUUUGAAGAAUUUGCCAAGUUGAAGUUUUAAAGUCAAUUUUUCAAAAAAAAAAUCUGGUUAAAAUAAGUUGAAAUCUGUGUGAGCAUAGUUUUUACGGAAGCCAAUUAUUUAUGUUAAGGGACUUAUUGCCAGAUCUGAAUAAAAUUUGAAUAAGAAAAUUACAUUUAAAAAAUGUUUACAUUGUAUAUUCAGAAACACUCCAUUUGUAAUAAGAAAUAUAUUACCUAAAUUGAACAUGUUAUGUGUAGAAUUAAAAGUUACUAAGGAUUAAACCUCAAAAUUAGGAUUCAGUAAAUUGAAUGUCGGAUUGUAAACAUUACUUUCUUGGUUCUACAGAAUGUAACUCUUGGGAUCUAAGCAUGUGUGUUUUUUAAGUUAUCAAACCUAGAUAAUUUUUAAGGCCAAGAAUUAUAUGUAUGUAUAUCAUGAGUUCACCUGAACCCAGAGACUUAGCACUUCUAAUCGCUGUAGCAGGAAAAGAAUUUGAUAUUUGUGCUGUAAAUACAACUUGGUUAAUGUGUUCAAAUUAAUUUAUCCUGCAUAAUGGUGGACUGCUUUAAGUCCAGUAUUUCUUUUACAGAAAAGCUAACAAUAAAGCACGAAUUAAAAAAUCCAGGCAAAUUUUGAAGGAGAGAAUGGAAAUGAUCAGAAAUCAGAAUCUGCUUAGAAUUUUUCCUUCAACAUUAUUGUGGAUUUUAUAUUCUCAUGCUGAAUUGUGAACGUGCGCCUGUGUGUGUUUGUAUUCAUAAAUUGUUUCAGAGUAAUAAUAUAUUAACAUUCAAACAAACCCUAAAACCUAGAAUGAGUUGUUGGUUGGUCAAAUCAAUAAUUAUAGACCUUCAUUCAGAGGUAGAUUUGAUAAUUGAUAGUCUUGUAGUUCAACAUAGAUAUAUACAUUUGCUGAGAGAGAGAGAGAAAAAUGGUUGCAAGUUAAAAAAUGGAGAUUGUUUUGGGAAAAGUAGAAUUAUUAUAGUUCUUAUAUUUUUGCAGUACUUGUAUGAUGUCAUUGAGAGUAGGGUCAGAUCUUCAAUAGGUUCAUUCCAUUAUUUCAUAGUUUUUUUAAGUUUUUAUGACAGUAAAAUGGUGUUGAUCCUUAAAGGAAAAUUGUAUAUCAAUUUCUGUUGGAAUUACAUAUUUAUUUACUAUCCCAUUUGGUGGAAUAAAAGCAGAAUGUUUCAACCAAAUACAUUUUUGUCAGUACAGGCUAAAUUGACCUGACACUUUUUCCAUGGAAAAUGUCUAUUAAAAUGCAGAUAUUAACAAGUCUAGUUCAUUGAGCACUGUUAUAUAAGCUGAAUAUAAAGGAGUUUGUCCAAUAUGUCAUUAAAAAUUACCCAGAUUUAUAGAUGAACCUGUUAAUUCCUUCUUUUUUCUUAAAAUAAAAAUAUAGAAUCAACAGAAGGAAUGUUGGGUGGAAGACAAGCCGAAGUAGAACAAUUUUAUCAUGCAAAUUUAGGGCUAGAUUGAUUAUUCGAAAUAAACAUGGGUGAAUGAAUUGGAUAUAGAUCAAAAAAUAAAAAUUAUAUGAAAAGAUUAAUCCUAACCUUCAUAUGGCAAGAACAUUCUUUAUUUUGCAAAUUUGUUUGAACUGAUAUUUUUAAAAUCUAUGAGAUUACCAAAACCUGAGAUAAAGCAUUUGCAUAAUUUAUUUUAAAAAUAACAUUGAGUUUGCCUUUGAAAAGAAUGAAUACACUGUUUAAAAAUGCCAAUAAAAACCUCAUUUAUUUCA